GACAUCAUAGUGAACAAAAUAUAAGUUAGAGUUGUUAGUUAUUAGUUAUUUGGUAAGGGUUUCUUGAUUUUUAGGACACGCCUCCUGUCAAAACGUCACAUCCAAAACAUGGCAGCUUUCUUGAGUCGGCUCCACCACAUUUCGCUCCACGUUUCUAACGUGGAGAAAAUAGCUAACGACCUUAUAUCGAAAUUCAAGUUUAAUUUAUUUGCUACCAGACUAACCGACGGGUCCAAGCAACUGGCUUUCAGGAAGGGAGCGGCUGUUUUCGUCGUAAAUGAGAGCCCAAACCAGAGUGGUGUGAGAUUGAAUGAAGGUGUCACUGACAUAUAUUCACCUGUUCCACACCGGGUCAACGUGGGGAAAUACAACCAGGGUAAUUCUUUGAAGUGUCUUUACGAUGUCAGCCCACAUUACUCUGUGGAUACCGUAAACAACGUGUGUUUCGAGGUGGAGGAUGUGGAAAGGUCAUUCAAUGCUCUUCGCCAUCUGGGCUGCAACUUCCUCACUCCUCCCACGACUGUCCAGGACGAGAAGGGUGUUGUUACCUACUCGGUGCUUAAAUCCAUAGUGGGAAAUGUGUGCCACACACUAAUUGACAGGUCAAAGUACGAGGGAAGCUUCUUGCCUGGGUUUAAUGUCAUUGAAAAGGACUGCAGCUUGGAAGAUGAGGACCUCUCUUGUCCAAUCACUCAUUUUGAUCACAUAACUUAUGCCUGUCCCAGAAAAACCACCCACCAGGUCAUGAGGUGGUAUGAGCAGCUCUUUGGGUUUCAGAGGUUUUUCAUUGAUAGUAAUGAAGAUAUAGAGGAAGGUUUUGUCAUAAACCAGGAAGGCAUUGGACUACGUCUUACCGCUAUGGAGUAUUGGAAAUGCAGCAAAGCAGGCAUUGCACUUACCUUUGUGGACAAAAAAGAGCCCGACUGCAAGUUUGUCAUUGCAGAGUCACUGCCAGGACAAGGCAGGAACCAGGUUGACACCUUCUUGGAGCAGCACAGGGCCCCUGGGAUCCAGCACAUUGGGCUGUACACAAAAAACAUUGUCUCUACAGCACAUACCAUGACUGAAGCUGGUGUCCAGUUUUUCUCGCCUCCUCCAGCCUACUACACUGAGGUUGGAAAACAGCAGGAGAUUGAGGAGGCGGGACACAACCCCCAGAUGCUGGCGCAGCAUGGCAUUCUCCUGGACACAGACCUGAACCAAGAUCCCUUAUCACAAAUGGCAUCCAGUGAAAAAAGAAGAUACCUUCUCCAGGUGUUCACCAAGCCCAUCUUUGCAGAGGACACUUUUUUCCUGGAGCUGAUAGAGCGAAGAGGGGCGACAGGCUUCGGCGAGGGGAACAUCAAAGCGCUGUGGAGGUCUGUGCAGGCGUACAUGGAGAAUGAAAAGUCCGAUUCUCAAGGAGAGGAUCCCCAAAAAACUGUGAAAACUGCUCAGUAGUAGCCACUCCAAACAUUUUUAACCAGUGUACUGUGAGGUUAUUUUGUUAAAUUUAUUUAUAUAUCAACGUGAGAGCUCUUAUCAGGGAAAAUUAUGUCAAAUGUGAAAAAAGAUGUUAAAUAUUUAUGGAGUUUUCAGUAAGUGCUUUCCAGUUCAUUAGUGGAUUUAAUGGUAAAUCUCAAGCUUGUUGCACUGCGAACAAACAUAGUACAAAUUAUACAUUGUAUUAAUAUUUAACUUCUAACAUGACUGAACAGAUUAAAGAUAUAAAACUGCACUGAGAACAAAGUGUUACAAAAACAGAUGUUUCACACUGCACUUGAAAUGUUACAACAAACAGACACUUGCUGUAAAAUUGUAAGAAUGUCUUUGUUUUCACUGUGUCAAAGCAAACUGUUACAACCAACUGACUCCGGAGCAACUGUUCCUCAAUAAAUCUGUUAUUCACAGUAGACCGUGAAAACCAAUUACUGCACUGAAUGUGGGUGGGCCAAACCUCAGACUAAGAGUUCUUGAAAUAUCUUAGGUCAUCUUGGGUAAACAUUGUUAGUGGCCAGAGAUGUAAUUUACUAAUGCAAGGCAAUGUUGGUACUUUUAUUGAGUAUUUACAUUUCAUGCUACUUUGUAUUUCUUCUCCAUUAAAUUUCAGAGGGAUUUUUUUUUCCUCAUUUUUUUUAUUUCACUACAAUUAUUUGACAACUACAGUAAUUGCAAAUUCUGAUUUUACACACAAAAAUAUAUAAUCAUCCCCUAAACUUUGAUGCCUUGUAUAGAUUAAACUACCCAGCAUGAUAUAACGUGUAAUAUAAUAAUUUACCAUUCAUGUGGGAUAUUCUUCUUCAUGAUGAUUAUUUUCAGUUUUGAAACUACAUUUUGAACCUUUUUUGAAUUCUGCAUGAUUAUGAAUACAGGACUUUGUCAUGUAUUGGAUUGCUCUGGCUAUCUCUGGCUUGAGCCACUGCAACAUUGAUAGGCUGCUUACAUGUUAAAGCAUCUGUAAUCAUUUUCCAACAGUAUAAUAUGUAGGUACACUGCAUAUAAACUUAGUAUUUUUAAUAAUUUACAUAACAUAACACCUCUGUACACCUCUGUACUUAAGUAAAUUUUGAAUGCAGGAGUUGUAAAGGGACCAUGUUUACAUUGUACAUUUUACAUUGUGUUGCUACUUUUCAAUAAACAGAUGUGUAUACUUCUUC